AUGCAGUCACCCCCCAACRCACGGGCCCGCAGUGACCAGCGCUGGGGAUUCCAGCAAAGCCGCCACGCCGCCCUGGGUCGCUGCCCCACCAAUGCAGCCGGGGGGGGCUCAGGUGUGGCCGACCCCCGGGAUCGCCGGGACGGAGCCCCCCGGGCCGUGGGGCAGAGACAGCGCCCGGAGGGGCCGGGCCCCAAACACGUGCCCUGGGCCCGGCUCCAUCCCAUCCUACCCUAUCCUUACCUGUUUCCAUUCCACCCCACCUCAUCCCAUCCUGUCCUAGGUCCAUCAAAUCCUACUCUAUCCUGCUCUAUCCCAUCCCACCCUGACCUAUUGUGUCUCUAUCUCAUCCUAUCUCAACAUGACCUGUUCCCAUUCGGCUUCAUCCCAGCCCAUUUUACCAUAGCCGUGUCCUAUCCUGCUCUGUCCUAUCCUAUUCCAACCUGUCUUGUCUGCAUCCCAUCCAGCCCUGUCCCUAUCCUAUCUUCAUCCUGUCCUGGUCCUAUACCAUCCYAUCCUGACCUGGCUUGUCCCCAUCCCAUCCUAUCCUCGUUCUAUUUCACCCAAUCCUGUCCUGUCCUAUCCUAUCCCAUCCUAUUCUAUCUCAGCCCGUCCUUACCUGUUUUGUCUCCAUCCUAUCCUAUUUCAUGGUGUCCUGACCUGUCUUGUUCCUGUCCUAUCUCAUUCUCCCAUCCUGUCCAACCUCAUCUGAUCCUGUUCCAUCCCAUUCUGUCCUCUUCAUAUUGUGUUUUACCUUGUCCCCAUCCUGUCCCACCUCAUUUGCUCUAUCCUAUCCUAUCCUAUCCUAUCCUAUCCUAUCCUAUCCUAUCCUAUCCUAUCCUAUCCUAUCCUAUCCACUCCAUUCUGUCCCACACUUCUCUAUCCUAUCCCAUUCUAUCCUACCCCACCCUGGCCUGUCCUCGUCCUGUCUCAUCCUGUUCUACCCCAUCCCAUCCCUGUCCCAUCCCAUUCUUGUUUCCAGCAGGGWCUGGCUUCUUGGGGUCUCAGGCGGCUGCCAGUGGCUGGGGAGGGUCACAGCAGCCUUGGGGCUGCCAUGGGGCUCAGGGAGUUGGGGGUGAUGGGGGUCACUUGGCUGCACUGCCUGCGCGGGUCCGGGACCACCAGAGCGGGAACGCCGGGGGGGUCCCGGGGGUGGCCCGUCACCCCGGGGGGCAGGACCCGGCCCUGCAGAGCAGGGUGGGCUCAGCCCUUCCCUUCGAGCCCCCAGAGCCCGGCCCCGCCGGGAGCUGCAGGACAGGUUCUGCCGGGUGUCCCCUGGGCCCCCUGCCCGGCCCCCGCGGGGGCCCCACUGCGGGGGCUGCGCGUCCCCCCACGGCGCGGCGACCACCGCCACCCCCUCCUUUCGCGCCACCCGCGUGGGCCCCGGGGGAGGGACCCCCCCGGCGAGGCUGCAGCAUCCGGGCCGGCCCCGCCACAUCCUGCCGCCGGAAGGAGCCGCGGCCCCGGGACAACCCCCCCGCCGGUGACGUCAUGCGGGGGCCCCCGCCAGGCGUGACGCCAGCCCCGCUCUGUGACGUCACGCGGCGGGCGGGCGGCGCCGCUCCUGCAGGGAGGGGGAUCCCCCCUCACCCCCCCAUUUCCCCGGUGUGA